AUGUCGUCUACAAAAGUAUUGAUUUCUGGUGCUUCAGGGUUCAUUGCUGUUCACACUGUUCAGCAACUCAUAAGGAAUGGAUACACGGUGGUGGGAUCCGUUAGAAGCCUGGAAAAGGGUGAAUACGUCAAGAAGGCUUCUGGCAAGCCAGACAAGUUCAGCUACGAGAUCGUGGAGGAUAUCGCCAAGGAAGGUGCUUUUGACGAGUUUGUUAAGAAGCAUUCGGACGCUACGGUGUUUUUACAUACGGCUUCGCCCUUCCAUUACAAGGUGACUGAUGUCGAGACAGACUUGCUCAAACCAGCUAUCCACGGCACCAAGAACGCUUUGCUGUCGAUUGCCAAGUAUGGCACAAAUAUCAAGAGGGUGGUGGUGACGUCGUCCAACGCUGCAAUUGCAUCUAGAGACCAGGAUCUGGAUCCUAAGAACGUGUUUGAUGAGACUUCCUGGAACAACAUUACCUGGGAGAAGGCUUUGGAGAGUCCUGCUUUUGGGUACAGUGGGUCCAAGGCGUUUGCAGAAAGAGCAGCGUGGGAUUUCGUCAAGGAACAGAACCCAGGGUUUGUUCUUUCCACUGUGAACCCGGUACUUGUGUUUGGACCACAACCAACCAACGACUUCAACACAGAUAAGUUGAACACAUCGUCAGAAGUUAUCAAUGUGAUCUUGAAAAGCAGCCUGCCUGACGACAAGGUCGCUCCAUACAAUUCCAGUGCCGUGGACGUCCGUGACGUUGCCAAAGCACACCUUGUGGCAUUCGAGAAGGACGAAGCCAAGAACCAGAGAUUGUUCUUGACCAGCGACGCCUUCACCCAGCAAACGAUCUUGGACGUUUUACAUGAAAAGUUCCCCAAACAGACCGAAAAAGUGCCAGUAGGAACUCCAGGAACCGACAAGGACGAGUUCGACCAAAAGGCUACCAAGAACAACGACAAAACCAGAAAGAUCUUAGGUUUCGAGUUGAUUUCUGUACGCCAGUCGAUCGCCGACAGUGCCCAGCAGCUCCUUCAAGUCGAAGGUAAGCUUUAG